CAGAUGGAAAAACUUUGUUCUCCCUAAAAAGCAGGAGAACCGAAACAGGAGGGUUUGGACUGUCUGGUUGUGUUCCCAGCUCUCACUGAGAGAUCACUUCUACAAGUCUACACCCCAGCCCCAGAGAGCUAAACACUGAAUAGUCACCGCUCUGCAAUGCACGCUGUCUCUCGGAAAGUUCUGCAAAAGCUCACCCUUGAAUGGUUGUGGCUUGUCUGAAAGAGACGUAGGCAAGAAGAAAAGGGGAGUUUCAAGAAAGAAACAAGCAAUAAGGAUGGUUAGCAGUGCUCUGACCCUUCAUGUUCUUCCACUGGUCAUUCUCCUAGGGAACACGCAUUUCUGCCAGGCGGCCCAUUUAUUCUCCCUGGCUGACCUGCUGAAUGACGAGGCUGAUGACUAUGAGUACGAUGAUGAGUACCUUGAAUUGGAGCAGGACCUCUUUAACCAGCAGCAGCACUCAGAGGACCCUGACUGGUUUGAGGCAUAUUUUGGCUACAGCGAUACUAGAAAAGCAGACCCAUGCUCCUCCAACCCCUGCAAGAACAACGGUACGUGUGAAAACAGAGGGAGCAGCUUCAGCUGUCUCUGCCCCAAGCCAUAUGCUGGGAACACGUGUGAGAGAGUGGAGGACAUGUGCCUGGAGAAGAGGUGCCACAGAGGAGACUGCCUGCUUACAUUAACUCCACCUUACUUUAAGUGCAGUUGCAAUCAUCCCUACAAGAAACCUGACUGCCAACGAGCAUCUUCACCAUGCAGGCCAAACCCUUGCAAAAACGGAGGUGUCUGCGUUCGGCACAGGAUCAGAUCCAAGUUCACCUGCGAGUGCCCGGCACCUUUCAGAGGGAGGUUCUGCGAGGUCGGACUGUAUGACUGUUAUGAAGAGAACUCCUUCAAUUACAGAGGAAGAGUGAACCAAGCAGCGAAUGGCAAGAUGUGUCUGCACUGGAAUUCACAUCUUCUCUUGGACCACCCUAUUAAUGCCUUUAUGGAGGAUGCUGACUUUUAUGGCAUUGGUGACCAUAACUUCUGCAGGAAUCCCGACGAGGAUGAAAAACCCUGGUGCUACAUCAGAAAAAAUCACAAAGUGGAAUGGGACUUCUGCGAUGUUUCACCCUGCUCAGGAAUAGCUGAAGAAAGCCUACAGUCAGUAGACAGCCCAAUAGACCCAAAUGAAAUGUUCAAAACAUGUGGACAACCAGAAAUUCCAAGGAUGCUUCAGAGGAUCUAUGGUGGGACUAAGACCACAGCUGGCAAACAUCCCUGGAUAGCAUCUCUGCAGAGGAAGUCUUCACCUAGUGGUGAACAUUUCUGUGGUGGAGUGCUGAUCAAAGCAUGCUGGGUUCUUACUGCUGGGCACUGCGUUGAGCAAUCAGCAAAAUAUCUCCAAGUAGCACUUGGAAAGCAGAACCUCAAGAAGAGAGAGCCUCAAGAGCAAAUAUUUGAUGUGGAGAAGAUCAUCAAACAUUACAACUACAGAACGAAGAAUGAUGUCCCACACAAUGAUAUUGCACUACUUAAGCUGAAGCCAGUUGAUGGUCACUGUGCAGUGGAAACGAAGUAUGUGAAAACAGUGUGUCUGCCUUACGUUCGCUUUCCCGAUGGGACUGACUGCUUCGUUUCAGGAUGGGGUGCCACAGAGAAAGAUGACUUAUCCCAUCAGCUGUUAGAUGUCAACGUCAAGCUGAUUUCGCAGAGGAAAUGCAAUGCACCCAGAGCAUAUGAUCAGAGACUGGAUGAAAGCAUGUUUUGUGCAGGAAACUUUCAGAGACCGGGAGCUGAUUCUUGUCAGGGAGACUCCGGAGGCCCACUGACUUGUGUAGAAGAUGGCUUCUACUACGUAUAUGGCCUUGUGAGCUGGGGUGAGGGCUGUGGGUUAAAAAACAAGCCAGGAGUUUAUACCCAGGUGACAACAUUUCUCAGUUGGAUUAAAUCCACAAUUCAGACUGAGUCCAGGUCACUUCAUUAGGAGACAGCUUCGGAAUGACACAUGGGGCUACAGGGUCCUUAUAUGGACUUUGGCUCUCUUGUGCUGGAAUGCUGGUUAUUGGGAGUUAUCCCUGUGGAGGUAGGGAGAAGGAAAACCUGGAAGAUCAUGGCUUGUAAUUUCUUGCAUCUUGAGCUGGACAGACAUGGAGGAGGCUGGAGUAUUCCUCCUUUGCAGAGAGCCUCCCACAGAUAUACAGCUGUACAGCACACAUUAUACUGUCAGGAGUCUACACUGAGUCUGUCCAUGCAGCUGCCAGUGGAGAUUACACGGCAAUACACAAAGCAAUACAUGGUGUCUUGCUGAGACUAGGAAAAGAGAAGGAGAAUUUUACAGGAAGUCCCUUCCACCUCUAUUUCUGCUUGCUGUGGAGGUACCAGAACACUUAGAGAGCUGACAUUUACAAGUUAGGGGAAACACAUCCCAUAGUAUAAGUAAAUCCUAUCCCGUGGCACUUCCUAGUGCCUACAGGAGCUGCUCAGCCAUGAAAGUACUGAAUUCUCUUGAGAGGUUCCUUCAAAUUAAGGUGCACACAAAGCCACAAAGCUUUGUGUGGGAAAUAUACAUAUUCUGUUGAAAUAAUAGGGAGAACUGUAGACUUCGGGAAGCAUUCACGAGGACUCAACAGGCUCUGUGCCUGUCUGCUAUCUAGAGAGCAGAGCUGUUGGGAUUUGUGAGAAGAACAGUUUACUCUACUUACAACUCCGUAUCGAUACUGGGCAGAAGAACCCUGCAAUGCCAUUUCCCGAAGGUAUGCCAACUCGGCAGCUCUUCUUGCCAUUUCGACUUUGUGAGAACCUGGGGGAGUCCAGCCAAUGCCUCUGAGCCAGUUCAAGUCAGACUUGUAUUUUACCUGAGAGAAUGAAACAUACACCAGUGUGUAUUACUUUCUUUGGCUCUAAUCAAACCACACACUGUAUUCAAGAAAGAGUAUAUAAAGAGUCUACAAUAAAUAGAAUAUUCAUUUUCA